CUCUCACACGGCCUCUCACAUUCACACACACACACACACACACACAACCCCACCGGCGCUGACGAGCAGAGCCAUUGGCUCUCUACCGUCAACCCAUACCCAUUGGCUCUCUCUCCCUCACGACAAGAUCCUUUCUCCCUCUCUCACCUUACCACCCCCAUACCCAUAUCCAUUCCGAUUUUGCUGAUGUUGGAAACUUGGACCACUACGCAAAGUACUUGAACCAAACGCUUGUUACGUAUGGAUUUCCGGCUUCGUCAAUGAUCUGGUUUCGAUCGUGAGGACUUGCAAUUGUAUGUACUCGUUGCUUCAGCAGAGGCAGCGCGAUGUUGAAUUCAAAGACUCUGCUAACGAGCAAAGACAGCGGUCUGGAGUUGUCUCCACGUGAAGGCCAACUGAAAGAUCAUGUGCCCAAAAUAUCUUCUGUGGUUUCUAUGCUUGCAACUGCUUCAUUUGUGGCGACAUCUAUUACUGCCGGGCUGCUUACGGUUUCAAUUGCAAGCCUUUCCUCCAUUGGGACAUUUUCAACACCAUUUUCUUCUUUUUCUAAUCCUGCAAGUAAUCUUUUUAGAAGUGCAUGCCAUAUUCAGGUUUUUGCAUUAUCUAGAUGGCUGGCAGUGAGACUGCCAGUGAAUUAUUAUGAAUUUGCAAGGGGUUUGCAAUGGAGCAUUCCCUACUUCAGUCUUCCAUGGGAAACUGGGCACAUCCAGCCAGUCGUAGUGGGCUCCAAUCCUCCUACCAACUCAGAUUCCUACAGGUCUAAAAUUCAUGAUUCUGGAAUUUUCCUGGGUGUGUAG